AUGGCUGUAAGCAGUUGGAUGAUAAGGCAUCAUAAUAGAUUUAAGAGGCCAGCAAUGCCGAAACAGGAAGAUGUGCUGGCACAAUUGCAAAAAUUAGGGCCUCAUGAAUGUUACACAAAAUUAUUGGAAAAAAUAUGCGACCAAAAUACGAAAGAGGAGGUACUAUUUAACUACCUGAAUGCGUUUGUAAAACUUACAUUGAAGCAUGGGAGCGAUUUCGGUUACAGCACCGAAAAUAUUUUUACAUGCCUCAGAAUACCUCUUUCGCAUCUAUCUUCUCAAAUCAGAAUGGCCGGCCUAAGAUGCAUUAGACACGUGCUUAAAACUGAAAGUGAAGUUGUCGAAAUAAAUAAGUUAUUAAUUCCUUAUUUAUUAACAAGAUCGUUGGAUUUAAUACUAAGAAAUGACGCAGAACGAAUAGAAGCGAUGAAACUGAUAAGAAAAAUGUUAAUAAUAUCACCAUCUUCAUUCGAUGUAUCAUUGGCAAGAUGUUUGGUUUCCCUAGCUUACGAAGGUACAGAAGCGAAAGAUCGAAUGCUCAGGGUCUGCUUAGCUACUUUAUCAGAAUUGGGUGUUUUGAAUUCCAAACUUUUUAUCGCCGCAGGCGGCGUUACUGCGAUAUCGAGGAAUCUGUUAGAAUGCCAGAGUCCCCGGAUCGCGGAAUCGUUGUGCGGAGUCCUCCUUUUGCUCCUGGAUAAGCCGUCGACUAGAAAUUACGCGGCCGUCGAUUUGCAUAGCGCGGCCGCGCCAUUUUGCGAUUUUCAUUACAAACAUGUUUCGAAGGAUAAAAAUAAAAGGGACGAGAGGGAAUUGCGUUUGAAUUGCGCGCGAUUAUCUUUGCUUACGAUAUUAAGAAGCUGGUCUGGAAUUUUGCAUUUUUGUAGCCCUCUAGACAGAGGCGGUUUCAGAGCGAUUGUCGAAGUAUUGUACUUGCAACAGCUGGAAGUUAGGAAAUCGGUGUUAGACCUUCUAUACGAGCUUUUAGGUUUAUCGCAACCGGAGUGGUCUGAUGAAUUAUCAGUGGCAUUGAGUGCGGUAGAUCCGUGCGAACCUCAAGCUUCUUGGAGAUUGGGAGAGGGAUUUGUAGUGGCUGAAGCAAGAUCUGUUCUACCCCAUCUUGCCAAAACUACUCCGUCUACCACCGAUAUGCAUCUCGCCCUACUUUUAUACUGCUUUCUAGAAAACGGCCUAUUGGCAGCAUUGACUGAAGUAAUCGCUACCAGUGAUACAUUCAUUUGUGUCAGAGCUUCCGUUCUAUUGGGGGAAAUUUUAAGGCUGAUCCAAGUGUUAUUGCCUCCUGGUUGUUGUAACGUCUCACCAUCACUCCCAUCUCUAUUAUAUUACGCUGCCAAAAGUAAGCCUCAAGCUAUAGCGGCUAUAACGGCCCUGGAACAACUACACACGUUGAUGAAACGAAGACCGGCAUCCUACAGUCUUCAUUUGGAUUAUAUAAUUCGAAGUAGUGUUCACAAAAGAAGUAAGGUCAAGCACAUGAAACCAAAAGGAAGUAGUUUACAAAGAAAACUUCAUCAAUUGGUUUUGAGAGAUGGCGACGAUCCAGUUAAGGAAACUGGCGUUCUAUUGAGCAAUGAUGCUUACACUUGGGAUUGGCACUUAAUUAACAUUAUUCUAAAAGGUGAAAAUAACUCGAGAAUCGAUCUAAACGACAUAUGUCACCGUACUUUUAUAAAGAAGUUGGUAGAAUUUUACAUGCCCUCGAGGAAUAAAUAUUCGCACAUGGACUUAACCGCAACAAAAGCUUCAAUUAUUUAUACUACAGCCGGUAUAGAGCUUAUAAAUUUUCUAGUUGAACAAAGAGAUGGCGAUUAUAAUGGUUUGAAACCUAUCACGUUAAUCAUGGAUUUGUUCAAUGAUAUUUUAAAUAACAUAACGAAAAUAACUUCGAGCAAAAGCGUGCACGAUUGCUUGUUCAGUCCUGCCCAUAUGCUCACAACACAAUGUCAGAGCUAUUUCUUAUUUAUCGGGCAAUUUUCCCGAACUGAAGUGGGUAUUAAAUUAUUGGAAGAGAUUAAUAUGUUUAAGAAUUUGAAGGAAUUGGCAACUACUACGAACCACGAUUACUACGUAAAACUCAUAGUAUCUUCGUUGGAAUACAUUUUUCCCGGACCAUCCCGAGACAUUUUGGAAGCCGUAUUAUCCUGCAACCAAGAAAGUUCUCGAUUAUAUGCAACCCAAUUCUUGCACGUCCUAUUACGCGCCGGUAAUCCCUUAUUUUCCUCCUGGGCGAUUCAAUUGCUGGUUAAUCAGCUCGGCGACAAGUCUCGAGCAGUUUGCCUAUCAGCAUUAGCAACACUACACGAAUCUUGCGAGCUGUCCGAUUGCCUAGAAGCCUUGAUCGAGAUCAAUCCGAAUAUGGACAAUCUGGGCGAAAAGGGCACGUUACUCUUCGUCAGAUUUUUAUCGUUAGAAAGCGGUUUUAAGAAAGUCGGUAAAGAGAAAGUGACGGAGGAAAUUAAGAAGUGGGAUGAAACCUUUUCGAAAAGGUAUGUGAAAAUUGUGGAAGGAGAGAUUUCAGAUGCCUUAACGCUACAUCAACGUAAUGACAAAGGUAAAUACGAUAAGAGAUCGAACGUUUUGCGAAACUGUAACAGAAGAGACGUAUUUUUACCGCCACAUUUGUACGGCCAGCUUACUCAGCACAUGCUGGGUUUCGAAACGCUGGUGGCCGAAGGAAAAUGUACCAAAAUGAUAGAAACUAUUAAUCGGGCUAAAUGUAACACGGAUGAAGAAAUCCUGCAUUUGAAAGCCGCCAUUUGGGCUUUAGGUCACAUGGGUACUUCGAACAGAGGAUUCGAUUAUCUGACAAAUUACGGAAUCGUCGAUUCGAUCAUCGGAUUUGCCAAAUAUUCGCCGGUUUAUUCAAUCCGAGCUGCGUCUUUCUACGUUUUAGGACUUUUGGGUACCACUUUAGUCGGGGCCGAUGAUUUGAGCCGAAAAGGUUGGUUGUCCACAAGGCACGACAGACACGACAACUGGCCCAUUAUUCACGAGGAAAUAGAGGAUUGGUGUUGCGGUAGAAACCCGAGCGUAUCGACGUCCGAGGACGUGAUUUCGUGGAGCAGUCCUUUAAUGAAAGAAGGAGAUUUAGCACCGGACGAAGAAGACGAUUCCGAAGAAAGACAGGAUUUUCUGCGAUCUCCUGCCUCGUCGGUGGAUAGAAGAAUAAGGCAAACGACUUUGCCCGGCAUUCGAAAACCCCAGUGUAGCGGACACAAGAGAUCGCUUUCCGAAUCGAAGACAUUAGAAACCACCAACAGUUUCUUUGAUGAUAUUCGACCUCCAUCCGUCCCGCUCACUUCGGCUGUCCUUCGCUACGGAUACAGAGACAAUUCCAUGACUGAUUCAAACACUUCCGGUAUAAGUUCCUGCGAUUCAUUAGUCAACAAACCUGCUACACAUUCUAAUUACAUAAAGACUUUAAGCACUAUUCCUAGUUCCUCUAGUUUAACUACUCUACAAAUACCUGGGCAGUUCAAAAGGACGUCUCAAAGGAUUUCUUCUACUAGCACUACGAAUUCCGAUAUAUCCACGUCAUCGUUAACAGGAAGUACCUCCAACGCGUUGAGCGUUCAAAAUCUUAUAGGAUACAAUACACUUAAAAUGCUGAGGAAUAGGGAUGCAAGGAUGGACUUUUGGAACAUCGACGAUAACUGUGGCAACAAUCAGUCCGUUACCAAGUGUACAACAUCGCAGGGGCGAGACAGCACCUUGAUCGAUGAUUUCAAUCUCUUCGAUUCUAGCUGUGCGUCGGUGUUCAGCGUGCCGAAAUUCGAAGUGGACAUUACGCAUUCGCACGACGACAAACGAUACAUGGGCAUAUGCUUGCCUAAAGUACUGAUAGAAAUUUUCCCGUCUCACGGGGACAUUACGAAAGAACCGAAAAUUCUUGCCGAAGGACAAGAGUCGGAUCCUUCGAAAUGGAAGCAUUCCAAUCAGCAUUGUUUCUCUUGUAGUCAAGCCGAACAGGACCAAAUUACCGAUUAUAUCGAAGAUCCAGUGAAAGUAGAAAUUCUGCAAAACGUCGAGCGCUUGGCCAAUCCGAUAUCGAAUAAGUACAUUAGGUCGUUGUUAAUACGAAGCAAACAACGCGAACCAGAAGCCUUCAAAGACAUAUGCCUUUAUUCUGAAAUCUUUAAGAUAAUAUCAGAUAGCAUAUACAGGUCGCCGACAAGGAGGCUCUUACACGAAUUGUUCAUAGAAGUUGACUUUGUACGUUUCUACAAGAGGUCACAAACUAUAUUGGAAUUUGAAAAUGGGGCAAGUACCUCUCAAGGUAUUAACGAAAGCUCGGUAAGUACAAACUCGAAUUGUUCGUACACCGUUACCAGCCCAACGGAGAGAUUGAAAACAUUGGAUUCGCUAAAACUGACCUUUAACGAGAACAAGUUUCCGAUAAAAACUAAGAAAGAAUGA